GAGCACAAUAACCAAUUAUCUACAUUAUUCUUCUUUAAACAAGUUGAGUAUUAAUAUUGAAAAUGAAGUGGACUGUGGUAACAAUUUUCUUAGUUAUAAGUCUCACAAAUGCUGAAGAUGUUCAAGAAAAAAGGGGAGUACUAAGACGAACUACCAGACAAGCAUUAAACUCGAUGUCCACCUCGUUUUUACAACAAACAGAACGUAACAUAAUAAAUAAUUGCAAUAAGCAUAAAACUUUAUCUUACACUGACGAACAAGACUUGAAGGAAACAUUCGAUACUAUGAAGAGAUGUGUACAAAAAUCUCCCAUUUUCACUGUUUCAAAACAAGAUUUCCUGGAUAAAAUUGAAGAAUGUAGUAGAGAUUCCAUCAAGAAAGUGAAGAAUUGCUUAGCUAGUAACCAACAAUACUUCCCAGAUUUCAUUUUGAAUCUAUCUAAAUCCAUGGUUCAUUUCUUAUAUGAUGACAAACCUCUAUUCUCAGAUUACAAAGUAACCAGCUGUAUUAGCACUCUUGGACGCUACAGCAUUCUUCUAGAAUAUAUCGAAUGCUUGAAAACCACCUCCGCCAAAACACAUGAUGAUCAAAACAUUCCCAUUUCUCAAGAAGAAUUUUGCAAUCGUUACGUACCAGCUACGGAAUGUUUCCCAGGAACUUUAAGAAAACAUUGUGAUAAUAAUGACAGAGUUGACAAAUUCCUGACAGAUUUCUUAGGAGCCACGACGCAACCAUGUAAAUCUGACUAUCAAACUUCUUAUGCAGGAUUAUCGAAUAAAAUUGAUGCUUGAAUCAGUAUAGUAAAGCAAAAAUACUAUAUAAAUAUGUUAAUUGAUUUUAAGUAUUCAAAAUAAAUACUUAUUAAUUA